CUCCCUUUUCAGACGCCAUUGAUUAGCCACGGGCUUUACGUCAGUAUUGAUAACUUUGCCAAAGCAAAAUUAAGUGUAAUUGUCUAGUUAAUGUUGUGCACGGAGGCUCGGACACUGUGGGACGGCGUUUACUUUUUAAGUGGUGUCGCCAAAACCUACUUUCCCCCCUAUUUCGUACUUCUUGAAAACAUUCGAGUCAGACGUGAUGUCAAACAUAUCCUCGAAGUCGCGUUGUAAGUGUGUUUUGGUCAAAGUGGCACCGGUGACCAUAAAGGCGAUUUAACUAGGGGGAAUCCAGCCCACAUAUUUAUUGCAGCCACUGAAAAAAAAUCUCCUCAAUAUCCCCCAAGAUGGCCGCCGAUGUAGGAUCGAUGUUUCAAUAUUGGAAGAAAUUUGAUCUACGGCGGCUUCAGAGGGAGCUAAACUCUGUAGCAUCUGAACUGGCGGGUCGACAAGAGGAGAGUGAACACUCUCAUAAGCAUCUGCUAGAACUGAGCAGGGAGUUCAGGAGAAAUGUACCUGAGGAAGUCCGGGAGAUGGUGGCACCAGUUCUCAAGAGUUUCCAAGCCCAGGUGGUCGCUCUGAACAAGCGGAGUAAAGAGGCUGAGUCUGCAUUCCUUGGAAUCUACAAACAGCUUAUUGAGGCCCCAGAUCCAGGUCCUGUACUGGAGGCCUCUCACACCCUGGAGGAGAGGCUGCAGCAGCUUCAGACUUCAGCUCCCGACAGUGGGACCCUGGUACGGGAGAUUAGCGGGCACUGGAAGAAACACUUGGAGUGCCUUGAAAAGACAGAACCCACAGACAACGGUUUUGCAGACAUAGCAGAGACUGGAGACCCCUUUGAGUCGACCUCCCCAGUCCCCAAUAUGACCCCCAAUAGCACGCCAGCUCCAGGAGCGCCAGGCUCUCCACAGGAUCUCUACCAGGACCAACAUGAGGGACAAGGGGAGGAGGAGAAUGCCGGUGUUAGUUUGGCAGACAAACUGUCAGAGGCAGAGGAGAAAAUCAAGGUUCUGCAUUCAUCUUUGGAUACUUCACAGACUGAGCUGCUCGACCUGCGGUGUAAAUAUAGCCAAGAGAUGACAAACAAGGUAGAAGAAGUCAGCAUCAUCAUGGUCAAACUUGAGAAGGCAAACCAGAGAGCAGAAAUGGCCCAGGAAGAAGUGCAGAGGCUAAAGGAGCAGCUAGUCAGUGGGCCAAGUGCUUCUGAAGGGAGCUGUCAACUAGUACAGGGUACUAGUAAGGAGAAAAAUGAAAAGGCUGAGGCGUUGUCUUCCAAACUGGAGGCCACUCUGCUCGCGAAAGACCGUGAAAUCAUCCGUCUUCUUGAAAAUAUUCAGCAGCUUCAGUUCACUCUACAGGAGGUUCAAGAGACCUCAGCCAAUCAGAUCAUAGAGCUAGAACGACAGUUGGCCUACAAGACAGAAGCUAUUGAGAGAUUAGAAACUAAACUGAAAUCCCAAAUGGAUUAUGAAGAGAUUAAAACUGAACUCAGUAUUUUAAAGGAAAUGAAGCUGGCCUCUGCAAAUGGCAGCUCAUCCCAGGAUUCUGCUAAGGCCACAGAGAUGCUACUGCGGGAUAAAGAGGCUUUUCUUCCAUCUCAAAAAUACCUGAUGGAAAAGGCCAGAAUAUUGCACAACACUGAUGACGACCAGUCGGAGGAUGGAGGCCGAGCCACGGGCAGGCCACCUGGCUCCAACUCAUCGUCCUCUCAGGUGGAUGCUGGUCACGCCUCCCCCAGUCCAGGUCCUCCCACACUGAAUGGCUCGUCCUCCAACCAUCAUCCCCCCCGUCCCUUCUCUGUGUCACCGUGUUCUGGUGACAGACUAUCAGGGGACCACCUCCUCCACAAGCAUCUUCUCUCCCCACACUUUAAAAAGGAGGGUCAUAUGGCUUUUCCCACUGCACUCUACGCAGCCAAGGUCGCUCUCAUGUCAGCCACUCAAGGGUCAGGCAGUAGUGACACAGGCUUGCCCAGUGACCAAUCUGAAAGCGGUGGCUCGACUGCAGGGGAUGAUGAUCAAGUCGACACAGCAGAGAUCGCGUUCCAGGUGAAGGAACAGCUGCUGAAACAUAACAUUGGCCAGCGUGUGUUUGGCCACUAUGUGCUUGGCCUCUCCCAAGGCUCAGUCAGUGAGAUCCUGGCCAGGCCCAAACCCUGGAGGAAGUUGACUGUGAAAGGCAAAGAGCCCUUCCUUAAAAUGAAGCAGUUCCUCUCUGAUGACCAGAACAUCCUGGCACUUAGGACUAUCCAGGUCCGUCAAAGAGGGAGCAUCACUCCACGCAUCCGAACUCCAGAAACUGGGUCAGAUGACGCCAUUAGGAAUAUCCUGGAGCAGGCCAAGAAGGAGAUCCAGUCCCAGAGGGGAGGGGAUUGCAAGACACCCGUAAACACCAUCUUGGGCAGAAGCAGUAACGGGGCAGGCAGCAGCUCUGACGAAACCAUUAAGAACAUCCUACAACGGGCCAGGAGGGAGAUGGAGUCCCAGCAACAGGUCUUGAUUGAUAUGGAAGGCUGUGGAAGAGCCUCAACAGUUGCCACGGGAGCCCAAGUAGAACAUCUGGGACCUCAUGAGCGCUCCAGCAGCCUGCCUUUGCCCAUCUCCAUUAAACAAGAGGAGGGGGAUUGUGUUACAGUUUGCAUGGCCAAUUCUAUCAGCAGUCCCCAGACACCGCUUAGCGUUCUUUCUCCAGCUGCCUUUGUUCAGAACAUCAUCCGCAAAGUAAAAUCAGAGAUCGGAGAGGUUGGCACUUACUUCGACCACCACUGGUCUCAGGAGCGGGGGUCGUUGGUACUUAGCGGCGUGGGUAGCUCCCAGCCCUAUAAUUCCAUUUCUCCCUCCGUGUCUUCCUCCUCCUCCGGUCCCUCUGUAUUGACCCGGCCCUGGCCCCGCCUGGAGAACGGUGAGUGUCUCAGUGAAGAGGCCUCUGCUGCUGAAGAAGAUCUGGGGCUGGGCCGGCCAAUGGAGGUGAAAGUGGAGUCAGACGCCUCGGUCAGUGGGGAGUCCCCGGGCCCUAGUCCCAGCCGCCUUUCUUACUAUCCGGCGUACAUUCACCGAGCUCUUAAACCCACUGUCCCACCACUGACUCCAGAGCAGUACGAGUUGUACAUGUACCGAGAGGUGGAUACAAUUGAGUUGACCAGACAGGUGAAGGAGAAGCUGGCAAAGAAUGGCAUCUGCCAGAGGAUCUUUGGUGAAAAGGUUCUUGGGCUUUCUCAGGGGAGUGUGAGCGACAUGCUGUCCCGGCCCAAACCCUGGAGCAAGCUGACCCAGAAAGGCAGGGAACCCUUCAUCCGCAUGCAGCUCUGGUUACUUGACCAACUAGGCCAGACCCUCAACCAGGCCCCACACCAGGGUCAGGAUAAAAGUCCAGUCACCACGCAGUCAUCACCGUCCCCACCCCUGAGUCCAGUGGAGGGUCAGCAGAGUCCCUUGGUUGAACCAAUGGGCCUCUCCCUGGAGAGCAGCAAAGAGAAUCAGCAGCCUGAAUGCCUGGUGCUGGGGCUCCCUCCCCAGCCCGAGGGAGGGAAGUCCACAAACAGCCCCAUGGCCCUACAUCACCCUGCUAACCCGCUUGGCAUCCAGGAGCUGGUAGCCAUGUCCUCUGAGCUGGACACCUAUGUCAUCACGAAAAAAGUCAAAGAGGUGUUAACAGACAAUAACUUAGGCCAACGUCUUUUUGGGGAGACAAUUCUGGGUCUGACUCAAGGCUCUGUGUCCGACCUGCUGUCCCGGCCCAAACCCUGGCACAAACUUAGCCUCAAAGGCAGGGAGCCAUUUGCGCGCAUGCAGUUGUGGCUCAAUGAUCCUCACAAUGUGGAAAAGUUGAGAGCGAUGAAGAAGAUGGAGAAGAAAGCUUACCUGAAGAGGCGUUAUGGGCUACUGAGCACAGGCUCUGACAGUGACUCGCCCAGUACUCGCUCUGAGUGUGUGAGUCCAGCCUUAGUCUCGCUGGACCUGUGCUCCUACGGCCAGGUGAAAAAGCCUCGAGUGGUGCUGGGAGCAGAGGAGAAAGAAGCGCUGAGGAAGGUCUACCUCUUGGAGCCAUACCCCUCUCAGAGUACAAUUGAGAUGCUAGCUGCCCAGCUCCAUCUCAAAACCAACACUGUUAUCAACUGGUUCCACAACUACAGGUCCAGGAUGAGACGGGAAGUGCUGAUGGAGGGUCUGCCAGACAACGACACCGAUGCUGAGCACCACAGCUACUCGCCUUCAUUUACAAGGAGCCCCCACUCUGACGGCGAGGAGAGGAGGCCGCACCAGCCCUUGCGACGCAACCACUCCAGCCUUCCUCUCAGCAACGCUGCACUACCUUAUGUCAAACAGGAGGCAGGGGACGGAGAGAACGUGAGGGAGGUGGGGGGAGAGGGCCCCAUGAGACCGACGAGAGAUCAGUGUUUUUCCACUGCUGUGCAAUUCCCACAAUUUAAAAAUGAGCACGAGGACCCGACCAUUGGCUAUUGUGAGCCCCUCUUGGCUGGCCAGAGCGUCGGGCAUGAAGAGGGGAUGAGUAGUCAGACUGCUCUGUACACUAGCACCACCUCUAUAGAUGCCCCCCAGAGAGUGAAUCAGUCCAGGCAUGAGGGAGAAGAGUGUGGAAAGUCGACGAUUGACCCGGUCAGCUUCAAGGCCUCGUCAGAAGCCUGCCGCAGCAGCUUGGAGGUCUCCCUAAACUCCCCCUCUGCUGCAUCUUCACCUGGUCUCAUGAUGUCGGUCUCUCCUGUGCCCUCAUCCUCUGCUCCAAUAUCCCCCUCACUGCCGAACCCGCCCUCAACAAGCACCAAUCACAGCCUGGACCCAAACGCGCCCCCUCCUUUCCAAAGCCCAAAGCUCAACAGAAGCUCUCAGAGACGCAAUGAGAAAAUGGCAAACCUCAAUAAUAUCAUCCACAGGUUAGAGAGAGCUGCCAAUCGAGAGGAAACAUUGGAAUGGGAGUUUUAGGUCUCUGUUUACUUGUUUAGUACUGUUGAGCUUGCAGCAGCAUAGCAAAUAAGAGCUUCCUGAAGACUUGGAAUGGAGCUUGGCUCCUGAAAGGCAUGCCCUCCCAAAGUGAAAACUUGUUGAAAAUGGGAACACAGAACAAACAUAAUGCUAAAUUCCCCAUAAGAACUUAAAGCUGGGGUUACAAAGUUUAUAAAUGUUUAUUUGUUUCCGUCUUUUUUAAUGCGUCCUACUUUGAGCUAUGAAUGACAGCAAGCUGUCCUUUUACCUACUGGACUUGACAUGGAGACUUUUGCAGCUAUAGUGUCGUAAAGUUGUACACUGAAAUCAUGUAGAUUGCCACUGGGUGAGAUUAAAAAGACCCUUGUCUUAAAGCCAUUAAAAGCACUAUAACUAUUUGAAAAGAGACAUUGACCAAAUUUGCUACUUUUUGAUUAGCAAUUUUUCAGAUUUUGUCUUUAAGACUGGACUGAUAAAUCAAGUCACGUAAUCCUUUCACUGACUGAGAAAUAGUCCCUUAAGACUCUAAAUAUUCAACAUCUUGUAAUGAAUCCCUUGGUGAUGUUUUAAACUAUUUGUAACUCAUGUAUAAAAUGUGGUUGUACAUGUUGUAGAAUUGUCUGCAAUAGCCUUCUCGAAACCUGAUGUAGCAUGGUACUCACUUGACCCCGUUAUCCUCUGUAGUUAGUCUCCUGUGCUUAUACUUGAGUGAAAACGAGAGAAAAAAUGUUGAAAACCUCACAAAAAGGAAAUGACAAAUAUAAUGGGUGGAAUACUUUUCACAAUUUUGUUUUCCCUCUUUCUUCAAACAAUUGAUGAGAUUUACUGUCGAGGACCAUCGUGUUUAUGGCAGCCAGUAUAGAAAACACUACACACAAGCACAGCUUACACAAUUUCUUCUUUCACACUUACCUCUCUGUCCCUCUAAGACACCUUUUCUCAGACUGAGAGUGACCAAGACACACUGGACGAGGUUGACCUCAAAUGAUCUACAUGCACACCAUGCUAGGAAGGACCGUGUGCUUAAUUGUUAUACGAUGUGUGUUAGAAAUGUUCCAGAACUGGUUCUCACAAAAAGACUAUUUGACACCCAAACUACAGACCCUGUGUUUUCCCCUUCAUUGUGAGCCAUAUGAGCAACCAGCACGUCUACAACGAGAUUGGCGUUGUUCAGUGCGCGAGAAGAGGCGAGUGUUGUGGCAGGACAAAAUGUGGUUGCCUUACAAUGACAACGUGCCUGCUCACAAUGCCCUGAACAUCUGAUAGUUCCUGGCUGAGAUGAACAUUGCUGUGCUGGAGCAACCUCCCGACUCACCCAACUCGGCUCUGUGUGAUUGCGCCCCCCCGUUCCCAAACUCAAGGGGGUCAUCAAAGGGACCUGUUGUAAAGAUGUAGAUGACAUAAAAAUGUAAUAAUCCUUUCAGAAGUCCGUGAAGGUGUGGCAAAGAAGGCUGGGAAAGUGUGUUCGACUCCAGGCGGGCUUACUUCAAAUGGGAAAACAUGUAGUUUGGAUUUGAACUAGAUCUUCUGUGACACCAGUUCUGGAACUUUUCAGACACACCUUGUACAUAAACAUGACUUGUGCUUGUAUGAAUAAAUGGAGGGGAACAAAUCAUUUGACAUUUGUGCAUUCGAUAUGCAAACGAGUGUCAAGUUGUUGUUUUGUUUUUAUAAAGGGAGCUAAUUUGCUUGUAGGUGGUCCUCCUCAUAGCUAACACCUGACUGAGUGCACUUUCUCAAAAUGGAUCUUGUACUGUAGCUAGAAUAAUAAUGUAUACUUGAUGAAACACCUCAACCUCUAAAACAUUGACAUUGUGAUUAACGCAUGUUAUGACACUACAGAGAGCAUGAUCAUUUCAGUAUGACCUCAUCAACAUGGGAAAAAAAAAACCAUUUUAUCCUGGGAUGCACACGGUCAGUUAUCCCCCGUGUUAUAUUUGACCAGUUGUGUUUUAUGUCAAUUUUUUUGUCAUGCUUGCAAACUGUCCUUUUAUAUAUUUUGAUUCCACUUUAUAUUCUAAACCAUAAUUAGAUAUCCAUUACCUUGUGUAUGAACUACUUACAGCACUUAGAUUUUGAUAAUUGUGACGACUCAAGAAAAUGUCAAAUAACAUUAUCCUUAGUGUCCACAAGUCUUUGCCUCGACUGUAUCGUUGAAGUUGGUAGUAAACACUUGCACGUCUUCAUAGAUCAGAAGACUUGUAUUAUGUAGAGAACUAUAUUACACAAUUACUUCAAAUAACAUUCUAAAUUCUUGGAACAAAGUGUGCUGAUUCUAAUGAAAUAGUGUACAGAUUUAAUAAACUAAACCCAUCCAUGCCAGUGCUGGUCUAACAAGCUUGCCCAUUUUUAAGACAUUCUCUCAGGGUAGUCUUUCCUCAAACAGUUGUACUCCUCUGUGGCAGUAAUUACGACAAACAAAUAUGUGUUUUUGGGAAUAACUCAGAUAUAAUCUGACCUGUUGAAGUUGUAAGAAUAUGGGAAUGGCAACUUUCUCAGGAAGCAGUUCUGUUCAUCGGUGUCAAACAUCAUAGAUUGAAGCUAUCGGUGUGAAGCAAAUGGGUUGUUUUUGAAAACGGUAGACUCUGCUUUCUAUAUUGUUUUUUUUUUGAGGCAAUGAAAGUUUUUUUUCUGUUCUUCAUACCACCAUUUUGUGCAUAAAAAAUGUAUAAUUACAAGUUACUCUUUGAGGAAUUUUCGUGGUGACUCAUGGAUUAGUGGCAGAAAAAGAAAUGUAUUUAACAAGGCUGUUGUUCUCAUGGAAAUCUCAUUUUGCAUGCAAAUAAUUCAUUUAGAUCACAUGACAAGGGGUAGACUGUGUUUUUGUGUUGUUCUUGCACAGCAACAUUUUAUCAGUCCUUUUACUAUCGUGAAGUCCAUGCAUGGUGCGGCUGAUACAUUUGGCUCACAAUUUAAUCAUGAAUCCACUCUAACAAGCCAUUAGCAACCUAGUUAACAUUGCUGUCAUAUAAAUAUUUAAAUAGUUUUUGUGACAUAUCAUAUGCCCCAUGCAUUAUCCUCAAAGGAGUAUGCCUUGUAAUAAGGCGUGAUUAAAGAACAUUUGGGCUUCCAACCAUGUUAUUUACAAAAGCAAAGCUUUUUGUGAAACAAAUCGUUCUCGUGUUUUUUUUUUUUUUUUUUUUUUUAAGUAUAGCUGACACUCACAAAAAAAGAUAAUUGGUCCUAAAAAAUGUAACGAUUUCACUCAGCUGUGAAUAUGGAGAUGGGAAUGACAAGACACUGAAGGUUUGUUGCAAAAUCCCUUGAAAGUCAACUAUGAGUCAAGAAGAACUCACGCCAUGCUAUUUAUUAAAUGUUAAAGAGUGGAGGACAUACCGUCUUGCAAAUGAAGUUGUAAGCCAUCAUUCAAUACAUAAUUGUUUUAAGACAUUGCUGUGUUGUGUUUUUAUUUCUGUUAAGAAAACAAUCAGACACCCAUCUCAUUUGAAAUCGGCACACAUUCUAUCUCCGUAAUGAAAGUAUAUGUUCAACUUU